AUGCGAGCCGAACUCCUUCACUUCGCCGUUCUCCAUGUACAUGAUGCAGUCGCAGUCCACGAUGGUGCUCAGACGGUGGGCGAUGGUGAGCACCGUGCGGUUGUGGAACAGCAGUCGCAGGGUGGACUGGAUAUCAGCCUCGGUCUUGGAGUCCAGGGCACUGGUGGCUUCGUCGAGGACGAUAAUCGGCGGGUCCUUGAGGAAGCAGCGUGCGAUGCUGACGCGCUGCUUCUCUCCGCCGGAGAGACGCAUGCCCUUUUCGCCUACCACGGUGUCGAGCCUCAGAAGGCUCACGGUGGUCUUGCCAGCGCCGGUGGCCCCCACGAUGGCCAGCGAGUGCCCCUUGGGCACCGUGAAGCUGAGAUUGCGCAGAAUAACCUUAGGACGCCUUCCUCCGCGUUCCGGGAAGCUAAAGGACACAUCCUGGAACUCGAUCAUCGGCAAGUCGCUGGAGGUGGUCACGUCCAGCUCGAGCGAAACGGCGUCUUCGCGGUCCACGAUGGCGGGCUUGCACUGCAUCAUGUUCGCGGCACUCUGAAUUCCAGCCAUAGCACGGCAGAUCAUAGCGUACAUAGUCCCCAGCAUGAACAGGGGGCGGUACAGAUAGAACAGAUACGUCUGAAUCGACACCACAUCUCCAACUUUCAUGCUGCCACUGGCGGCUGCCAGCACGCCGAACAGCAAACACAGGCCGAUCGUCGUUUGCUUCAUCAGCUCCUGCGACAUGUUCAGGAUACUCAGACUCGACAGCACACGCCACUGGCACUUCUGGUGCUUGCGGACCACGGAGGUGUACUGUGCGACUUCGUGGGCCUCGUUGGUGUAGUACUUGACGGUCUCGAAGUUGUUCAUGCCGUCGUUGGCCACGUUGUGCAUUUCGUCGUCCCUCUGGGCCUCGGCCGCGCGGGUCUUGUUGCGCCAGUUGGUCGCAACGAUAGUCACUCCGAUGUAGAGGGAUAA